UCCUCCUCGUCAUCGUCAUCGUCUUCCUCCUCGCGUCGCCGAUCACCUCGCCAUGGUGCCGCCGGCGGCGCACGCGCCGAAGAACCUGGGGCUGAGGGGGGUGCGGCGCCGGCUGUGGGGCAGGUGGGCGGCGGAGAUCCGCGUGCCGCGGGGCCACCGCGCGGCCGCGAGGCUGUGGAUCGGCACGUUCCCGUCCCCGGCGGCGGCGGCGCUCGCCUACGACGCCGCGCUCUACUGCUUCCACGGCGGCGCGCCGCCGGGGAACCGCGCCUUCAACUUCCCGCACGCGCCGCGCCUCCGCAUCGACGACCGCCGCCGCCACGCGCUCACGCCGGGCCACGUCAGGGCCAUCGCCGAGAGGUACGCCCACGACGUCGGCUCCGUCCUGUUCCGCCCGCUCCCUCCGCCGCCGCCGCCCGUCGCCGCCGCCGCCGUCCCCGUGUUCGCCGCACCUGCACCGCCCAUGGCGCCGGCGCCGGCCAACCAUGCUGCCGAUCCUUACUACUGCAACGAGCCUGACACCACCACAGACGAGGACGUCAUGGCUGCGGCUGACCGCCUCCUCUCCAUGGACAUCGAAGAGGUCGCCGCUUUGAUCGCCAUUGUUCAGCAAGGAGAGUGACCAUAUCUACAACUUCUUAGCUAGCUAGUUACACCUUCUAUGUAGCAUGUGUACUAUGCACUUUUGUGGUUGUGUUGUGCUGUCCUAAUGGUGUAACUAGCCAUAUCAAGGAAGACAUGCAUGAUCUAGAGUCUAGAGUACUCUAGCCAUGGAAUAAAUUAACUUAGUCUGUACUUGGUCAUGCACCUUGUGUAUGAUCCUUGUGUAAGAGAAGUGUAAUAAUCGGUUCUUGAAAAGGAACUGUUGUUAUAUAUGAGAUGGAUGUUGUCAUGAAAUGGAAA